UUGCCACAAAGUCAGUCAGUGUCGGUGGAAACGGUUUAAAAAAAAGAACAAAGAGUCAUGGAUGUUAGCAGCGCAGAACCCGAAAUUGAAACCGUUUUAGCGCAACUGUCCUACCAGCAGCUGUUCAACUAUAGGUUCGAGCUCAAACUGUGGCUCAUUGUGCAAGAUCAAAACGCUUCGUUUUUACGCUGGAAUUGUGACGAAACCGCCAUCAUCCUGGAACCAGUCGGGUUGUCCAACUACCUUCAAGCGCCCUAUGAGAAGCUGUUUUUCUGCCGCUGUGUAGCCGAUUUUUGUUGGCUACUGGAGGUCGUUGGAUUCACCGAGUGCUUCGAAGACGGUGUUACUGCUGGCUGCAAAUUGUACCGCCAUCAUCUGUUCCGUGGAGAGAAUGCAGUAACUUUUAACAAAUGGCUACUAGAAUGCACGCGUGGCAGUGGCGCUGAUCCGGAUAUUAAGGGUAGCUGCAGUUUACCGUUGCUCCCUGGAUUCCACGUGAAAGAUUACGGUUACUUUGAUGAGGAGAAAACCAAAAUAGCGAUCGAAAUGUUUCAUCUGAAUCUUUCGAUACAGCAGAACACAAUCAAACGAGAAACCGAUGGGAGCCUAGAUAAGACCUCCCGGUUCGUGGAUGUUCCAGUAAUGGAGCCGCCAGAGUAUCUGAAAACGGAAACCAUCGCCGGCAACUAUGGAUUGGUUUCUCUGGAUGCCAUACGCCAAUGUUUGGGAGAGAUGAUUCCUAUGUUUGCCGACAGCUCCUGUGCACCGGAGAGUACAAAAGAAUCUUGUGUAAAAAGCUUUGAGAAUGGCGGCAACGGAGCUGAAGUACCAAUGGCAACGGAAUCGUGCGGCACAAUCGAAAUAACGAACAUGAUGCAACCCUUGGACAUUCCGUCCCACUACCAUAUGAAGCAGGAGCAAGUACUAGCUGGAACCGAAAACGCGGACGCCGAAGAAUCGGCUGCAGCCGCUGCGAAUUAUUUGAAUUUUUCAGUAAAAAAGGAAGGAAGCCUCUGUCUGGAUUCGUUCACUCCCUUUGUCUUAACGGCGAAUGUUGUGUCUAAAAUGGGACCCAUUGAUUCAUUAAACGGCGAAUAAUUAUAUUUUCUCCUUCUUUGUUAGUAUGUAAGACUGUAAUAAAUUCAAUAAAAAUCGA